CAUGACGAUUUUAAAUACCUUGUUCAUAUCGCAUCGAUUAAUUGAGCUAUAUACUUACAAGUUUUAUACUAUUUCAUGGCGAUACAGAACGCAUGAUAUUCAUGCACAGAACGCAUGCUAUAUCGUGCACCAAAACGUAUGUGUAGUGACCCGCAAAAAAAAAAGUAUGUGUAGUGGCCGCUGCUAGUAUGGUACCAAUGGACUCAGAGGGAACAGCUUGUCUAUAUAUAAAUGAGGCAAUCGUCGUGUCCAUUGCAUUUGCACCUUACAUCCAAUUUAGUAGUCCUCCCCACACUUCACUAGUGAUAAUAAUGUCACUCAUCUCCACAGCACUUGUGCUACUUGUUCCCCUAGGUCUUUACUUGUACAUGCGGUCUAGUACUCGUAGUAGAUCAAAUGACCCAGCAUCAGUGCUCCCCACAAAAUGGCCAAUACUGGGCAUGCUCCCUUCUCUCAUAGCCAACAUCUACAACUUCCAUGAGUAUAGCAAUGUGCUCCUCGCCGGAUCAGGCCUCAACUUCAAUGGGGACGGACCUCCUGGGGCCGGGAUGCGGUUCUUCAUCACCUGCGACCCUGCCAACAUCCAGCACAUCUUCACGACCAACUACUCCAACUUCCCCAAGGGCGCCGAAUUCGCUGCCAUAUUCGACAUCAUGGCUGGUGGCUUCUUCACCAUCGAUGGCGAGCUGUGGCGCUUGCGCCGCAUGAAGUUCGUGGGCGUGAUCAGCAGCCCACGGUUUGCUGACCGUGUGGCAGCUCAUUGCCAUGACAAGGUGAAGGACCACCUCCUCCCGUUGCUUGCCCGCAUCGCGAGCACCAGCGCUUCAUUCGACAUGCAAGAAAUAAUGGCAAGGUUAAUGUUUGACAUCACCGCCCUGACAGUCUUUGGCGUGGACCCUGGCUUCCUGUCCCUGGACAUGCCUCCCAUUGACGCCUCCCUUGCCAUGGACACGGUCAUGGAGGUGGGAUUUCUCCGACACACCAUGCCGGCCUCUUUGUGGAAGACAUUGAGGUGGCUAAAUAUUGGUCACGAGAGAAGGCUCCAUGAAGCGAACAAAGUGCUCCGCAGGUUUGUUGUGGAUACGAUGGAGAGGAGGAAGACCAACGGAGGCCAAGAUGAGGAUGGAGAGGUUGUGGGGGAUAUUUUAUCUCUCUACAUCAAUGACCCAGACUACGCUGACGAUGACUUGCUCUGUGGGACGCUCAUUAGCUUCAUGCUCGCUGGGAGGGACACAAUCGGCACGACCCUUCCAUGGAUAUUCUACAGCCUCGCCCAGAACCCUAAUGUCGUGUCAACCAUCUGUAGUGAACUCUCACCUAUUGCAUCGCACAAAGUAGCCCGUGGCAUGGGUGACACGGUCAUCUUUGAGCCGGAGGAGACCAAAUCUCUGGUCUAUCUGAGAGCCACCUUGUACGAGACUCUCAGGCUAUACCCACCAGCGCAUAUGGAGCGCAAGACGGUGGUUGCCGAUGAUACCAUGCCAAGUGGCCAUGAGGUGUAUGCCGGUGAUGCCGUCUACAUCUCUCUCUACUCCAUGGGAAGAAUGGAGAGCUUGUGGGGUAAAGACUGUCUUGACUUUAACCCAAAUAGAUGGCUCUUGGAGGAUAGCAACAAGCUCAAGUAUGUGCCAUCGAACAAGUUCCUGGCCUUCAACUCGGGCCCAAGGAUGUGCCCAGGCAAGGAAAUCGCAGUUGUGCAGAUGAAGACCAUCAUCGCCGCAGUCGUGUGGAACUUUGACCUGGAGCUGGUGGAAGGCCAGAGCAUCCAACCGAAGCUAUCUUGUUUACUGCAGAUGAAAAAUGGGCUCAUGAUGAAGCUGAAGAAACGAGAAGCGUAACACAAACUUUCUUUUGUUGACCAGGGUUUGGGAUUUCCCAGCAUGUGUGCCACGGUUGUCUUAGAAUGGGUGUGUGGUGUAUGUGUGUGUGUGCAUAUACAUAUUUUCGCUUUUAUGUCAGACAACUUUAUUCACGGCAACGGGUGGAUUUUUUUAUGAAUAAUUGCCUGAGAAUCAGUUAUGGCUUGGACGGUGCAUAUGCUCUCAGAAAUCAUGUAAAAAAAAUACCGGAACAUCGUGAUAAUAAUGUAAGAUUAUCCAAGGGAAUGACUGGAAAUUUAAGCAAUUCAGUAGAUAUAUUUUUGGUAGUGAAUGGGUGUGUGCAUCACAUGAUGCAGAGGCCGAGACGAUGCCUCCUUUUUGCAAAAAAAAAAGCAAUAUUUGUUGUAGUAAGCUGAACCGUUUAUUUUUCUUGCCGAGCCCACAGGAUAUAUUUUUCAGCAUAUGCCUCUCUCCAUAUAUUUUUUUAGUACUAUAGUUUUUCUUUUAAUUAUAUCUUUGUUUACUCUGAAAAUACUUUUAUUAUCUAUAUCAUCAAUCCAUUUGCAAAUCUCGAGCACCAAAUGCAGUUGACAAUUGCACGAGGAUGUUUUGGUGGCCGACAGUAGGAGUUUUUUUUAAUCUUUUGCCAUACUAGUUAAUUGCCUGUGUAUUGUCUUUGGUACUUUUUUUUUCUAUGUCAGCUUCCCUCGCCAACUCCCAGUCCGUUGGGUGCACUAGCUUCUCGCUGGAAUCGAUCGGCCAUGCCGGAAGCCGACUAAGAGUGUAUUUGGCCUGUUUACUUGGUGGGAUUCUUUGCCCGCGAUGAUUGGCACAACCGGAAGUUGUGCAUCUUGAUUUUGUUCAAUUGCAAAAACUUUGUUGAUCAAAUUUGGUCCAUGAAGCCCUGCAACUCAUCAUUUGCCAUUACAGAGCUGAUUCUUAGGUAUGUGAAGAAAGGAUGGGAAGAUCAUAUCAAGGACCCCGGCAGUUACUGGAAGUUCAGAGAUCAUAGGGAGCAGUGGACUCUUCAUACCAACAACUUGUCCCUGGUACCAGGUGGAAUCUGUUCUUCACAACUGCCAAUGCCGAACUAGAAGAGAUCCUCAAGGAUGACAAGACAAUCCAUCCCUUAAGAAGCUCCUCGAAGGUGACAAGCCUUCUUCGCUCAUGGAAAUCGAAGGAGAACUUACGCAGAGCAUAAUCUCCAUGGUGCAGACCACAGAAAAUGGAGAACCGAGUUGUUGACCUCGAUGCAGAGACGGAUGCAACCGCACAUGAAGGUUGUUUUAUUCAUGAUGCCUGGAAGACUUCUGAAGCGUUGUUGUCUUUGGGUGAUAAGGAAAAAAUGUGGAAGGCGAUUGAGGGCGUGUGUGUGGGUGGAGAUGCUCUGCUUCUCCUCGGCCAGUAGGUGCCGAGUUUGGAGAUAUUAUAACUAACUACGUAAGCUUAUUCAUGGAAGCUUUUUGUAAUUCGUUCAUUGUGAUGUUCCAUUUGUCCUUGUGCCAAGUUUGGAGAUGUUAUAACUAA